AUGCUUGCUUAUUAUCCCAACCUGAUUUGGAACGUUGAGUCAACCACAAAGAGCAACGUUGUCGCUGGAAGACUAUCUAAGGCAAUGCUUUAUAUUACAAUCAGUCGACGACCCACGUUCAUGUUUCUCACACUCGUCCUACCCAUCAUUGCCUUGAACUAUAUGAAUAUACUGGUGUUCUUGAUACCGGUCGAAUCAGGGGAGAAGAUAUCUUACGCCAUCACGGUACUGCUGACGUUUGCUGUGUAUCUGUCUGUAUACUCAGAAAAGAUUCCCCCGUUGAGUCACCCGGUUGCCAUCUUCAGUGUCUCCAUCCUCAUAAAGCUAUUCACAAGCUGUCUCAUAGCGCUUUGUUGCGUAGUCAUCUCAAUGAUCAGCUUCUAUCAGCAAGAGCAUCGAGUUCCUUCAACAGUGCAGCAACUAACUGUAUGCUUUCUUCGAGACAGAAGGAUACGAGGCGUCAACAAAACAUCGACACAGAACGACUCUACGAUGGACAUGGUGAUUCAAUAUGACGCGGCUCGUGAGGUUGGUACACUCUGUCAGGACGAGGACCGUCUAGAGAUUCCGACUCAAGUGACGGUCGGCUGGAAGGAGGUGACUAUCGUCAUGGACAGACUAUGCCUUGUACUCUUUGCUGUGACAUCUACCAUUGAGACAACUGUGACUGUGAUUUUCAUGAUGACUCGUUAUUGA